GCAAGCAAUAGUAAAUAAAUAUGGCCGCCAGUCAGUUAUUUGUAACGAUGUAAACUUUUGUUUAUUAUUGUCUAAUACUCAAAAUUGUUUAGAAAGAAAUGAUAAGUGAAUUUGAAAACUUGUCCCUUGGAGGAAACAAUGCUGCCAGUAAUCAUGGGGAUCCAUUUUCUCACACCGAGCUGACACAGGAGCAACAGAAGGUUUUAAUAGAUAUCCGUCGUCGUAAAACAGAAUUGCUUCUUGAGAUCCAGCAACUCAAAGAUGAGCUCGGCGAGGUGGUGGCCGAAUUGGAGGCACUCGAUGGGCAGGAGGAGUGCAAACAAAACAGCAAAGCCAAACAGAUGAGCAUAGGAAGAAAGAAAUUUAAUAUGGACCCUAAAAAAG